AUGCUGCAAAAGGAGUCUCCAUUCCUCCACCCGGGUUCCGUAACCAGGGCGAAUACGCUGGCAAUCGUCCAGCUCGCCAAAGACGACCUCGUCCCCGUCUACCUUCGGCAGUCCCAAGGCGAACACGAUGGCUACAAGGAGGGACACGUCCUCAACACGCGAUUCGGCUCGUUUCCGCACUCGACGUUGAUUGGUAUCCCAUGGGGCUCCCAGGUCCGCGCUUCCAAUGUCGACACGGGCUCGCGAGGCCGCAAGAAGAAGAACGACCAACAGCAGAUCAAAAAGGAGGGAGAAGAUUCUGCACUGCAUAGCUCCGAGAAUAGGAAUGGCCACCAGGUGCCCGCACAAAAGCAGCAGCAGAAGGGCAAUACAACCGCCGCGAAGAGCGGAUUCAUCCACAUCCUCCCGCCCACGCCUGAGAUAUGGACAAGCAGUCUUCCCCACCGCACACAGGUUGUCUACACCCCCGAUUACAGCUAUGUUCUCCAGCGGAUACGGGCACGGCCGGGCACGAGGCUCAUCGAGGCGGGUUCCGGCUCUGGCAGCUUUACGCACGCGUCGGCGCGGGCUGUCUACGAUGGUUGCACCGGCUACCACGACGAGCCCCAGCCCACGGGCAAGGUAUUCAGCUUCGAGUUUCAUGAGCAGCGCUUCGAGAAGAUGAAAAAGGAGCUGCAAGAGCAUGGACUGAGCAGUCUGGUUGAGCUCAACCACCGCGACGUCUAUAACGAAGGCUUUCUGGUGGACGGCAAGAGCCCCGAGGCCGACGCAGUGUUUCUCGACCUGCCGGCACCAUGGCUGGCGCUGCCUCACUUGUCAAGAAGAAGGCCCAAGACGGGAAAUGAGAUGGAGGGCGUGGAAGGUCGACAGGAGGAGUGGAUCUCCCCUCUCAACCCCAACAAAAGCGCUUAUAUUUGCACGUUCUCGCCCUGCAUCGAGCAAGUCACGCGCACGGUGUCGGAGAUGCGCAAGCUUGGCUGGGUCGACAUUGAGAUGGUUGAGAUCUCGCACAAACGCGUCCAGGUAUUCCGUGAGAAGAUCGGCCUGAAUAUCGUUUCUGAACGGGGCAUGCAACAGGCGCCUAAGGAUGUCUCCGAGGCAUUGGAGAGGCUGAAGGAGAUCGAGGUCAAGGCUGCGGAGCACAAUGCCAAGAUGCUGGCCCAGCAUAGUCACAAGAAGGUUGAGGAUGACGAUGAUGACGAUGAUGAAGAGGAAAACAAGGAUACAGCCGUCAAGCCCUUUAUGCAAGGACGCCUCGUCACCCGCGGCGAGGCAGAGAUCAAGGCUCACACCUCCUACCUAGUCUUUGCGAUCCUGCCGCGCGAGUGGACCGAGGAGGACGAGGCUGCUGCAGCAGCGAAGUGGCCCAUUGGCAACGAGCAAAAGGUGAUUGGUGCUGUGGACCGGGCCGCGCGUAAGCAACAGAAGCGUGAGCAGAUGCACGGCAAUCGUCAGAAGAACAACAAGAUGAAGGAGGACGGCAGAGCAAAGGGUCGGGCGAAGGCGGCAGGAGGCAAAAAUGAAGAUGGCAUGAUGACGGCUCAGGCCGAGCAGCCUUCGAAAGAGACCAGGCAAGCCCAAACCCUAGAUGCAUAGAUUCUUGACAACUGAAUUGAUACCCAUACAGCUUGCAUCCGAGCUCGC